CAGUGAUAAUUCUUUAUCAAAAUAUUUUGUUUAAAUUAAUAAAACGGUGACAACAAAACUAUCCAAAAAUGAGUGACGACGUAAGUCAAUAUUUCUUUAAAUAAUAUUGUUUCAAACUAUCAUUUAUUCAUUAUUUAUUAUACAUUGGUUUAUCAUCUGCUUUUUUCAGUAAAGAAUGAUUAAAGCUAUUAGUGGCCACAACAAAUACAAAUUGACAUUAACUGUAAGAAGUUAACAGCCUUCUGAAAUUGAGUGAUCCUGUGAACGUAAUUUGAAAUGCAACUGGUCUUUUAUAUUGAGAAGAAGAGAGUGAAGAUAUAGUAUAUAUAAAAACCAUAAAACGCCACUUUGGGUGCUUCAAUGUUCGCGCAUGUGCAUAAGGUUUCUCAUGAUCUUCUGCCGGUUUUACUCUAGGUAUUAGGCACCGAGGUCCCUAGAUGAGUUACUGGAUUUAGACAGGUCAUCCGAAGCUAGAAUUUGGGACGCCAUAUUGGGGAUCAGUAGUUGUGUGCAUGCGUAUAUGUACACAAGAUAGAACAAUCACGAUGAAACCUUGGAUAUUUUUGCUGAUUGAUUAUUAAAAGAAGAAAUUGCUGAGAAGAUGUCAACAACACAUUCAAAAAUUCCAGUUACCAUUGACAGUCAGUUGAAAUUGAAAGACAUUGAAUGUAAAUUAUAUUUCGUAUUGUCAUCUGAUAAAAUUUGUAUGGGUGUUCUUGAUGUUGAGAUAUUGUUUUAUUAUAAAGAGUUGCAGUGUCAGGAUGAUAGUUAUUUUUCAUGUAAUAGUUGUGAUGUAAUUGAAGGUGUUUGGAUGACGAUGAAGCUUGUUGAUCUUGGACCUUACAAAAAGACAGAUCUACAAACUUGGGAAGAUAAUUUUAGAGCAUCAAUUCUUGAUGACAGGUUGACUUACAAAAUUAUUGAUGAACUCGAAGCAUGGAAAGAACGUCACCAAGAAAUUUUUUAUAUUGAGGUAAGAAUAUUUAUAGAUUUUAUUUAUGAAUAAUUAUUUA